CGCCUAAGCUGACCCCACAAAAACCUCACCCAUCUUAUUUUAAUAUAUAAAGCUCUUCUGGGUUCUGGCAUUAAACAAUGCGCGCAAGCAUUGGUCACAAGCUUGUCCACGUAACGUCCAUCUUCUUCUUACUGCUAUUCCAAUAAUAUCUUCUCCCCUCGCGUUCCUCCAACCUCUGGCUGUCCAUGAAACUAUUCUUCUUUUUUAAUAUUUUCUAGUGCAUAUGUCCAUCAGAAUAUAUAGUCUUUAAUACACUAAUGAAUAAGUGUUGACACCGGGCGAGGUAGCUACUGCCGAUAGAAAAAUCUUGAGAUGCUGCUAUGGAAUAACUAAUCAGUAUUUGGUACUCGUAUAGAGUCGAAAGCCUCGAGGGCCUCGGAGUUUCCCUUCAAGGUCCAUGGACACGUAGCUGUGUGUUAAUUUUCUCUUGGGAGAGGAAAAUUGCUUCUUGCUUUGGAUGAGGCUUUGGCGCCUUUAGAGAGCCUGUUGGCUCAAGUCUUUUGAUUCAGAAUAAUACAUUGUGAAUAAUGGAGGCCAUAACGGAUAUUAAUGAUGCUGUGGGUGGUCUAGAAGUCGAUCACCUAAAGUUCAAAGAGAUGGAACAUCUAGAGGAGCAAACUCAAAGUUACAAUGUUAUGGAAGUUUCUGCUCCAGCAACUAUUGAGCACAUUUCUUCUGUAUGCUAUACUGAGCUCAACUCAGAACUGUUUGUUGGUCAGAGUGCAUACUUUGGUUCCAAACCACAAUUUGAGCAUGAAGCAUUAUAUACAAAACCUUCAAAAGAUCCUGUCACAGAAUUGACCCUGAGAAAUUUCAAGAGGCCGUACCUGUCUGCCGAUGAUCAGACAGACAGUGACAAGGAUUUGCAACUGAGGAAGGGCCUGGAAGAGGGUACAGGAAAGAUUGUUUUGAGGCCAAAAUAUUUGCUACAUGAAGAUUCAUCGAACGAAAUCGAUAUUGGUACUCCGUUCCUGCCCCAAACAAACACCCAGAAGCUUUACUUAAGCAGUCAGUUUGAUCAAAAUCUUUCACAAUUAUGUGAUUGUUCAACUCAAAAUGAGAAAUAUAUUGCUUCAGGCAAUGCAGAUAUGCACUGUACUAGUCCUUCACAAGCUAAUGGCUUGGAUGACACUGGAUCACAACUCUUCUCAGUCAUGAAUGGCUUGAAACGAAAGGAUAUUGAACUCAGCUGCCAUGAUGAUAACAAAUUUCACAAAUGUGCAUAUAAAAGUGGACAAUUUACUCAUUUUAAAGCUGAUAGUGCAUCUCCAUCAGCUACAAUCAACAACAAGUUAUCUGGGAUUCCUACUAAAGGAAUCAGCAUAAGAAGUUUUCUUAAACCUAAAAACAAACUAAGUGAAGUUGAAAAACUACACAUCUUUAAGCUGAUUGUGGAUCUAGUCAGUAAUUUGCAUUCUCAAGGAUUCAUUCUAAAGCAUUUACGGCCAUCUCAUUUUAUUAUUUUUCCUACAAAACAAGUUAAAUAUGUUGGUCCUCUUAUUGACAAAGGUCAACGGGAAUCAUUAUUUGGCAAAACAGAGUUGGAUGGGGAUUGUUUGGAAAACACUUGGAAGAGGAGAAGGAGCAUAUUAGGAAAAAGAAAUGCUGCUGAAGCUUCAACUAAGAAAUUAGUUUUUUCAAGACAUUCUGGUGUCCUGAAAGAAGAACUAAGCAAAGAUUUUGACAAACAAUCGUCUAAUGUUGAAAGUUGCUGCGAAAUUUGUGACAGACUUCUAGUAAAUGUUUCACGCAUGCUCCAAACCUCUCUUGUAAUCCUUGGGCUCUCUUCUGGUGGCCAGAAUACAAUCUCUGAAGUUCUGAAGUUGGAGGAGAGGUGGUAUGUUAGUCCUGAAGAACUAAAUGAGGGUUUAUACUCUUCUUCAUCCAACGUCUAUAGUCUUGGGGUUCUUCUGUUUGAGCUCUUUUGUCAUUUUGAAUCUCGCGAAGUCCAUUUUGCGGCAAUGUUAAAUCUACGCCAUCGGAUUCUUCCUCCAAAUUUUCUAUCAAAACAACCUAAGGAAUCUGGAAUAUGCCUAUGGAUGCUCCAUCCAGAUCCUUCUUCACGGCCAAAAACAAGGGAUAUUCUGAACUGUAAUGUAUUUUGUAAAGAUAGAGAAUUGUCAACUGCAGAACAAUUAUCUUCAACUAUUGAUUAUGAACAUUCAGAAGCAGAUUUGUUGUUGCACUUUCUAUCUACAUUAAGAAAACACAAAGAGUUGCAGAUAGACAAGUUGAUGGAAAACCUUGGUUCCAUAGAAGAAGACAUUAGAGAUACAAAAAAGAGACACUUCUCAAAUGAACAUAUGUCCAGAGAUAUAUUCUUGCAGGAAAAUUCUACUGGUAUGUCAGGUUUCUAUGCUUGCAAAGAACCACUACCUCAGGAUUUGGGAUCUGAAUUUUCGGUUGUUAAUACAGAUGCAAGGACAUUAAUGAAUAACUUUGAAAGUCUUGAAAGUGCAUACUUUUCCAUGAGAUCCAAAUCUUCAGAAAUUGAUAUUGACUUGGCACUACGUCAAGACAUAAACAUUCUGAAGGCCCCAAAUGAGUUGUAUACAUUUGGAAAUAACACAAAACUUUCUUAUAUGAAGGAUGAAUCCUCCAAUCAACGAGGAUUGUUCUUUGAAGGCUUAUGCAAGUAUGCUUGCUACAAAAAAUUUGUAGUUCGUGGUAGUUUAAGAAAUCCAGAUAUCCUCAACUCUGCAAAUGUGAUCUGCUCCUUGAGCUUUGACAAAAAUGAAGAAUAUUUUGCUGCUGCUGGAGCAUCAAAGAAAAUCAAAGUAUUCGAGUUUGAUGCAUUUCAAAAUUAUACUCUUGACAUUAACUACCCAGUGCUAGAGAUGUCAAGUAAAUCUAAACUCAGCUGCCUUUGUUGGAACAGAUACAUCAGGAACUAUUUAGCUUCAACAGAUUAUGAUGGAGUCGUUCAGUUAUGGGAUGCUAGCACUGGUCAAGGAUUUCAUCAGUACACUGACCACGAAAAAAGAGCCUGGUGUGUUGACUUCUCUUCGGAAGCUCCAACUAAGUUGGCAAGUGGAAGUGAUGAUUGCUCUGUGAAACUUUGGAGCAUACAUGAAAAGGAAUGCAUCAAAACAAUCAAGAGUGUCGCAAAUGUGUGCUGUGUACAAUUCUCGCCAUAUUCAUCUAAUCUACUGGCCUUUGGAUCUGCUGAUUAUGGAAUUUACUGUUAUGACAUUCGUAACACCAGGAUUCCCUGGUGUACUUUAGCUGGGCAUAGAAGGACUGUGAGCUACAUAAAAUUUGUGAAUUCCAAUACAAUUGUGUCUGCAUCUACUGAUAACACCUUAAAGCUUUGGGAUCUCAAGAAGACCGUCGCAGCAGGAGUAUCCACAAAUGCCUGCACAUUGACCAUGACUGGCCAUAGUAAUGAGAAGAAUUUUGUAGGCCUAUCUGUGUGCGACGGAUACAUCUUAUGCGGUUCUGAAACUAAUGAAGUGUAUGCUUAUCAUAAAAAAUUUCCUAUGCCCAUAACCUCCUACAAGUUUGGGAACUUUGAUCCUAUUACUGGCCAUGAGAUUGGCGGUGACAGCACACAUUUUGUCUCAAGCAUCUGCUGGAGAAGAACAUCAAAUAUGGUUCUCGCCGCAAACUCUAGUGGCUGCAUAAGACUAUUGCAAAUGGUCUAAGAGAAAAUAAACUCCGAGAAGAUGAAUUGCUGAGUUAUCACUUCUAGUUGCUGUACCAAUGGAUCAGCCAAAUUGCUGAAUCAUGGUGUGUAGACUCGAUCAUAGCGGUGUUUGAUUAUUUUGGCUACCGUGCACGGUACUUGCAGUUGCAAAGAUUUGCUGCUCGAUACUUGCAGUUGUAAAUAUUUGCUAACGAUAAUGUGAUCUGCGCUGAAAAUUGUGUUUUGGA